AUGGAUGCCUGUAUUCCGUUUGGACCACCAUUAGCUAUGUUCGUAUGCACUAUUGCAUUAGAUCCAAUCAGAAUAAUUAUAUUAAUUGCGAGUGCAUUUUUCUGGCUUUUAUCUUUUCUCCUGUCAUCUUUUUUGUGGUUUAUAAUUCCCGGACAGCAUUUAAGUUACGGACUUUUGUAUUCGGUGCUAUUUCAAGAAUUGUUUCGUUUUAUAGUUUAUAAACUUAUAAGAAGUGCUGAAGGAGGGCUUAAAAAAAUAACGGACAAUGAAACACAAAUUAUUGAAAAUAAGCAUAUUUUAGCUUAUGUUGCCGGUUUAGGUUUCGGAAUCAUGAGUGGAUUGUUCGCAUUAAUAAAUGUAUUGGCUGAUUCAUUAGGACCUGCUACGAUGGGUCUUCACCAAGGAAGCGAGAAAUUUUUUAUGACGUCUGCAGCUACUACAUUGUGUUUUAUUUUACUACAUACAUUUUGGGGAGUGAUAUUUUUUUCUGCUGCUGACUCGAAAAAUUACAUAAAUAUUACUUGGGUGUUAUUGACUCACCUAAUUGUGUCUGCUUUAACAUUUUUCAAUCAAAAAGAAUGGUACUUAGCAAGUCUCCUACCUGCAUAUAUUAUAAUGAUUUUUACUGGGCUUUUGGCAUUUAAAGUGGCUGGUGGAUCUCUGAGAAUUUUUUGGCCACUUUAA